AUGCCUUCACCUUAUAGAGAGCCCAGUGUCUUGUUCUCUAGUACAACAAAUUUCAAUUCGCAUAAUGAGAAUACAUUACACAGUAGAUUCAGAAUUUUUAACAAACGAACAGGCUCUUAUGAUGAAGAUGGACACGACCUAAUCAAAGAAAAUACUGGUCUAAGAGUCUGGAGUGAGUCUUAUUCAACGAUAGAUUGGAUACACGAUAGAAUUAAAGAAGGAGUGCGGAAAAGGAAACUUCAUGAUACGUCUGGUUUGAAAGGUCGACUACUGAAAAUAAGCGAUGCAGCGCAGGCAUGGAUCUUAGUUACGAUUAUUGGCGCUGUCGUUGCAGCAAUAGCAUGGUUUAUAGAUGUCGUCCAAGAGUGGAUGUCUGAUCUCAAGCAAGGAUAUUGUACAACUAAUUGGCGGUUAAAUAGCAAUUUCUGUUGCUGGGGAACCGAAGAAGGCGCAUGUGAAUCAUGGAGAACAUGGCCAGAGGUAUUUGGCGUCGAAAGUGAAGCAGUUAGUUAUUACACAUCUAUGGGAAUGUACACUUUAUUCGGCCUAUUAUUUUCACUAAUUGCAGCAUUAAUGGUUAAAUACACUGGUGAGAAGAUGAGAGUACGGACAACCUCAUCGUCCAUGGCAUUCUCAAAAUCACCAUCUAUGGCUUCUAUUCCGUACGAAAAUAACGAGCCUUUGGAGCCCCCAAAGUACGAGACCAAAGUAGCAUAUUAUAGUGCGGGAUCUGGCAUACCAGAAGUCAAGGUCAUUUUAGGAGGUUUUGUCAUCAAAGGUUUCUUGGGUAUCAAAACAUUGAUUGUCAAAAGUGUUGGAAUGAUUUUCUCUACUUCUGCUGGGCUAAACACGGGCAAAGAAGGGCCGUUUGUUCAUCUAGCUUGUUCUGCAGGAAAUAUUGCGUGUCGUCUUUUUCCAAAAUACAAUAAAAAUGAGAGUAAAAGGCGUGAAAUUUUAUCCGCUGCUUCAGCUGCAGGUGUUGCUGUUGCAUUUGGAGCUCCUAUUGGAGGCGUUCUUUUUAGUUUGGAAGAAAUUUCCGACCCCUUUGGUACAGGAAAAAUUGUGUUAUUUCAGGUUUCAUACGACAAAGAUUACCACUUAUUCGAAUUGGUGCCUUUAAUUAUAUGCGGAGCCUUUGCAGGGUUUUUUGGUGCCUUCGUAACGUACUUUAACAUUAAAUACCAGCACUUACGAAAAUCAACUGUUAUAGGGAAGUAUCCUAUAACAGAAGUUCUACUGAUUAUGAUCUUUACAGCUGCUAUCAGUUUUUGGAAUCCAUUUUCAAGAAUGGGAUUAAGCGAAUUUGCUGCAAAACUGUUCGCAGAAUGCACACCAACAGAUGAUAACAAUGGGUUAUGCGCUCAAACUGUUGCGGAGAUACCCCGUCUUUUAUAUCUUUUAAUCACAACUCUUGUUAUCAAAAUGGGGCUCACCAUGAUUACAUUUGGUUGCGCCGUCCCUGGAGGUAUAUUUUUACCCAGCCUUAUCAUCGGUGCUGUUACAGGCAGAAUCAUUGGUCUCGUCAUGCAGUAUUUAACUUUAACGUACCCAAGUGCUUGGCCGUUUGCUGCAUGCGCUGAGGAUUUUGCAACACGUGGAGAGUGCAUUAUACCUGGAGUAUAUGCAAUUGUAGGGGCAGCUGCUGGUUUAGCAGGAGUCACAAGGACAACGAUAUCAUUGGUUGUUAUUAUGUUUGAAUUAACAUAUUCUCUUACAUAUGCUUUGCCUAUUAUGAUUUCUGUGAUGGUUGCCAAAUGGACUGCAGACGCCAUGUUCGUGGAAGGAAUAUAUGAUCUCUUAAUCGAACUUAAAGGAUAUCCAUACCUCGAAUCUCGACGCGAAUAUAUUCACACUAUGACAUUGAUGGAUGUUACAGAGUACCUCCCUAUCAUUAAUGCUGAUGAACCUAUCACCAUCAGUAAACUCAAACAUAAGUUAGCCAUUAUAGGGGCUAUGGGAUACGCUGAAGAUGGCGGUUUCCCCAUUCUAAGUGAGGGUGACGUAUUGGAAGGGUAUAUUGCUACUAGUGAAGUGAGCCAUGUGGUGGAACAGAUAGAAAAAGCAUUAGGAAUGUCCAUGACAAAUAUUGAAAUUGAUCAGGUGCCCUGUUACUUCAGACGACAACGAGCGAGUUCAACUGCAACCUUUACCAGCUCAUUCAUUAAUCGGGACCUUAAAACGCCUAUAAGAGGUCUCCUAGAAGCCUUUCCUGAAAAUGUGGAUAAUCAAAGCGUCAUAGAAACAGCAUUUCCCCGACUAGCAUUGAAUGAUUUCUCGCAAUAUGUUGAUCAUGCGCCGGUUACUAUCAAUCACAAUGCUUCAAUGACAUUGUUAAUGGAUAUGUUUGUUAAGUUGGGUGCAAGAUAUGUAUGCGUUACGCAUCCAAACGGUAGAUACCUUGGAAUCAUUCAUAAAAGGCGAUUAUUAGCUUAUUUAAAAGAAUUAGACGAAUCCGAUAACUGA